AUGUCAACAGCAGAAGUCCAAAAUCUAAAACUACCCGAUCACAAACAUCACAACCCUCAAUCACCAUUAACCACACCGAUCAACAACAAAUAUACAAAAGAUAAAAAAGUAGGUGAAGGUACUUAUGCUGUUGUAUAUUUGGGUAAACAAACUACAACAAAAAGAUCAAUAGCUAUAAAAGAAAUUAAAACAGGAUUAUUUAAAGAUGGAUUAGAUAUGUCUGCAAUAAGAGAAGUGAAAUACUUACAAGAAUUAAAACAUCCAAAUGUAAUAGAAUUAAUUGACGUAUUUUCAACAUCAAAUAAUUUAAAUUUGGUCUUAGAAUUCUUACCAUGUGAUUUAGAAGUACUUAUUAAGGAUAAAAAUAUAGUUUUCAAAAGUUCAGAUAUAAAAUCAUGGAUAUUAAUGACUUUAAGAGGUAUACAUCAUUGUCAUAGAAAUUUUAUAUUACAUCGAGAUUUAAAACCUAAUAAUUUGUUAAUAUCACCAACUGGACAAUUAAAAAUUGCAGAUUUUGGAUUAGCUAGAAGUUUAGGUAAUCCUAAUGAAGAUUUAAGUUCAAAUGUUGUUACUAGAUGGUAUAGAGCUCCUGAACUUUUAUUUGGUGCUAAACAUUAUACUGAAGCUGUUGAUAUUUGGUCAAUUGGAAUUAUUUUUGCAGAAUUAAUGUUAAGAAUCCCUUAUUUACCAGGAAAAGAUGAUGUUGAUCAAUUGGAUGUAACUUUUAGAGCUUAUGGUACUCCAACUGAACAAAUUUGGCCAAAUGUUUCAAGUUUACCAUUAUAUAAUGCAUUACAUAUUUAUCCACCACCUUCAAGACAAGAGAUGAGAACAAGAUUUAGUGCUGCUACUGAAAAAGCUUUAGAUUUUUUAAUAUUAUUAACUCAAUUAGAUCCAAGUAGAAGAUGUAAUUCAACACAAGCUUUAUUACAUGAUUAUUUUGUUGAAAGCCCAAGACCUACUCAACCUGAAGAUUUACCCAAAAAGCAACAAAGCACUAAAAGAGAAAUACUGGAACAAGAUGAUUAUUACACUUUAAAUAGCGGUAAUAAAUCAGAUGGAUUGAAAAAAAGAAGAUUACAAACUUAA